GAUCCCACCCGACAAGUCGCGUCGAACCCUUCCUACCCACCCAUACCCUCGCCGCAACGCCGACAAGCCCUAGCUAGGGUUUUGCUCUUUCCCUACCCCCGUCCCCGCUCAUGGAUCCCUUCUCGAAGAAGCGCAAGCCGGACGAGAACGGCGCGGUCGCCGCCUCCCCCGCCGUCGGUGCUGCCGCGCUCGGGCUCACGCGCGAUGACGUCCUGCGUCUCCUCGACCCGCUGUCCCGCGACCAGCUCGCCGAUAUCGCCGCCGCCGCGGCGCUCGCCUCCGGGGUUGCGCUCGAUGCCGUGCGCGCCGCCGCCGACCGCGACCCGGCCCUGCGCAAGCUCUUCGUCCGGGGCCUCGGCUGGGAGACCAACUCCGACUCGCUCCGCGCCAUCUUCUCCGCCUACGGCGACCUCGAGGAGGCCGUGGUCAUCAGCGACAAGACCACCGGCCGCUCCAAGGGCUACGGAUUCGUUACCUUCCGCCACGCAGACUCCGCGCUCCUCGCUCUUAAGGAACCAUCCAAGAAGAUCGACGCCCGCGUGACCGUCACUCAACUCGCGGCCGCUGGCGCUGCCGGUGGACCGUCCGGUGGAACUACUGGCGCAGGUGGCAUCCCUUCAGCAGACGUCUCACUCCGCAAGAUCUUUGUUGGGAACGUUCCCGCUGACAUGCCAUCAGAGCGCCUCCUCGCGCACUUUGCUUCCUAUGGAGAGAUUGAAGAGGGGCCGCUUGGAUUCGACAAGCUGACGGGCAAGUUUAGGGGCUUUGCGCUCUUUGUGUACAAGACACCUGAGGGGGCGCAGGCCUCACUAGUGGACUCAACUAAGGUAAUCGAUGGGCAACAGCUCUUGUGCAAGCUAGCCAUCGAGGGGAAGAAGGGGAAGCAGCAACCGCAGCAAUCUGGGCCUGCCGGGCAACAGCAACCACAGAUGCUCCAGGGUGGCCCGCCGGACAUGCCUGGUUCUGGGCUUGGGCUAGGAGGACCUCAGAUGGGUGGGCAGUAUGGUGGCCCUGGGAAUGGUAUGCCAUCGUUUGGUGCAUUUGGGGGUCCCAACCCAUAUGGUAACAUGCCAUCGUCCAUGGGUGGCAGUGGUGGAGCUGGUUUGGGCCCAAUGGGAAAUCAGAUGCCUUCCGGGAUGGGUUCUGCUGGGGCUGGUGCAUUUGGCGGCGGUGGCGGACUGGGUGGUGGUUCAUUCGGGGGCUCAUCUCAAUUUGGUGCUGCUGGUAUGGGGCCUUAUGGUGGUCUAGGCAUGGGCGGACCUUCCUCACUAUACCGUAUGCAACAGGGCUCAGGUGGGCUGCCCUCAGGCUAUGGCGAGGGUGGAAACUAUCCUCUUCCAGGGUCUGGUUUCCGGGGUCAGGAUCCUCAAGGGAUGUCACCAGGACCAGGUGGCAGGGCUCCUCCAAUGUACCCCAAUGUGCCACCUUAUUUCUAAGUGAAUGUGUGACUCAGGUUGUUGACAACUCUUGGGAGCAUAUGCUUUGAAUGGUUGUGCUGAAUUCAGAAGUGUUGUCUGCAUGCAUGGAUGUCUUGCAUAUUCUGGCUACCUCUGAUCUGGAAAUCAGUUUUGCUCUGAGUUUUCGCUGUUAAGAGAUAAAUGAAGCUAGAUUAGUCUUUUAUGGGAACUCUUCACUAGACAUGUACUUCUUAUGACUGCUUCGCAGUCUGUCUAUUUAAAUACCCGAAUCAUCAUUUUUAUAUUCUUGUGUAUUGUCUUGUGAUACCAAGUUACUUAUGGUCGUGUAUGGUGAAAGUUUGCUUGGUAA